AUGGCCUGCUUCAAGUUGCACGGUAAUGGCUAUUCUCAAGGGCAGAUUUCCGAGCCGGCUUCCAUAGAAAGCAAUGGCCUGCCUACGCCUCCUCCUGAAAGCAGUUCAGGGAAGUGCCAACCUGAAGGCGACAAUGUGAACAAGGAAACCUUUCACACACAUGCAUAUGAUGACCCUAUCAUUGCUGUGAUUGGCGUUGGCUAUAUCGGCCUCGAACUUGUAUCUGCUUUCGCCAGGGUAUACAACAACAUCAUCGCCUUUGAUAUCAACAGUCAGCGCAUUGAAGAGAUCCGGGCUGAUCUGGCCAAGAAAAAUGUAAAAGCUACAAGCAAUCCUUCCGAUAUCGCGGUGGCUACACACUUCUUGAUAUGUGUCCCCACAACACUCCAUCAAGCCUGCGUUGAUACGACACCCUUACAGGGCGCAAUUAGCCUACUUUCGGAAUACGCCCGUCCCGGAUCAACAGUGGUUAUCGAAAGCUCAGUCGCCGUGGGCAUGACUAGACAGCUUCUGAAAGAUGUUAUGAGAUCGUGCGGCCUCAUGGCUGGCAUGUCUCCGGAGCGAGUCGAUCCAGGUCGACUCUCCCCUGCAUUUGAGGAUAUCCCCAAAGUCAUCUCUGGCUUGGAUGAUAUCGCACCCGGAUCCUUACAAAGCAUUGAGAAACUGUACGGGAAGGUCUUCCAUGAUCUAGUCCCAGUCUCGUGUCCCGAGGUGGCUGAGAUGACGAAAUUGUACGAGAACUGUCAACGCAUGGUUUGCAUCGCCUUCGCAAAUGAAAUGGCAGAUGCAUGCCAAUCCAUCGGCAUAAGCGCUAUGGAGGUUUCUACGGCUGCGGCCACAAAGCCGUUUGGAUAUCAAUCGUAUUUCCCGGGACUGGGGGUUGGCGGAAAUUGUAUCCCUGUGAAUCCAUAUUACCUCCUGUCUACAUCUGAGCUGCCUCUACUUCAGGCGGCCACGGAGGAAAUGACCAAGCGCCCCGCAAAAUUGGGAAACCGGGUGAUGAAGAAGUUUUAUUGUAAUCAAGCUUCCGGCGCAAUGUCACGAGUCAUGCAACCCCGAGUCCUUGUCGUUGGUGUAGGGUUCAAGCGUGGACAAUCCUUUCUCAGCAACUCUCCUAGUCUUGCACUUAUUCGGCAUCUGAAAGAUGAAUGGGAGGCAUCAGUCGAAUACGCCGAUCCGCUCGUUUCGCAGGAAGCGUUGCCUUCCAUUCCGAAAUUGGAUGAAGCGAGGAGAUGGAAUACAAAAUCGUUAACAGAAGAAUUCGACAUAAUUAUAGUGGCUGUUGACCAGCCGGGGCUGGAUCUCACGGUUCUACAAAGAUUAGAUGUGGUGUUAGUCGAGAAUUUCACGUCUUCCGUGGCGGCUGGAUGCUCCCAAUAG